AAGGGGAGGGGGCGCAGGAGAUGCUGUCGGUGCUGCGUUACCUGGGCGGUGCCUGCGGACGGGCCCGCGGGGGCCUCCCCGGGGGCUUUGCCGCGAAUAGGCUCGCGCCGGGGAGGCCCAGGCGUCUAUGCCAGGGUGGCCGCAGAGCCAGCACCAGCUCAUUUGAUGUAGUCAUUAUUGGUGGCGGAAUUGUGGGUCUUGCCUCUGCCAGAGCACUCAUUCUGCGACAUCCAUCACUUUCCAUUGGUGUUCUGGAAAAGGAGAAAGACUUAGCUGUUCACCAGACUGGGCAUAACAGUGGUGUCAUACAUAGCGGGAUUUAUUAUAAACCUGAAUCUCUGAAAGCUAAAUUGUGUGUACAAGGCGCAGCCCUCAUCUAUGAGUAUUGUAACCAAAAGGGAAUUUCCUACAAGCAAUGUGGCAAGCUUAUAGUAGCUACUGAACAAGAAGAAAUUCCUAGGCUUCAGGCUCUAUAUGAGAGAGGCCUACGGAAUGGUGUCCAAGGCCUGAGGCUGAUCCAGUCAGACAAUAUAAAAAAGAAGGAGCCGUAUUGUAGGGGUCUAAUGGCUAUUGACUGCCCAUAUACUGGCAUUGUGGACUAUCAGCAGGUGGCUUUGUCAUUUGCCCAGGACUUCCAAGAAGCAGGUGGCUCUGUCUUGACCAAUUUUGAAGUAAAAGGAAUUGAAAUGGCCAAAGAAAGUCCUUCAAGAAGUGAAGAUGGCAUGAAAUAUCCAAUUGUUAUAAGGAAUACAAAGGGAGCUGAAGUUCGAUGUCAGUAUGUCGUGACAUGUGCAGGACUUUACUCGGACCGUAUUUCAGAAUUGAGUGGCUGCAGUCCUGAUCCUCGUAUUGUACCAUUCCGGGGAGAUUAUCUGCUCUUGAAGCCAGAAAAAUGCUAUCUUGUAAAAGGAAAUAUUUAUCCGGUCCCAGAUACCCGGUUUCCUUUCCUAGGAAUUCACUUCACACCCAGGAUGGAUGGCAGUAUUUGGCUAGGGCCUAAUGCAAUUCUUGCCUUUAAACGGGAGGGCUACAAACCCUUUGACUUCAGUGCCAGAGAUGUUAUGGAUAUAAUUAUCAAGAGUGGCUGUACUAAAUUGAUAUUCCAGAAUUUCUCCUAUGGAGUUAAUGAAAUGUAUAAAGCCUGCUUUCUCAGUGAAACAGUGAAGCACCUACGAAAGUUUAUUCCUGAAAUCACUAUCAGUGAUAUAGUUAGAGGUCCUUCUGGUGUAAGAGCUCAAGCCCUGGAUAGAAAUGGAAACCUGGUAGAAGACUUUGUAUUUGAUGGAGGAGUUGGGGAUAUUGGAAAUCGUAUUCUUCAUGUGAGAAAUGCACCUUCCCCUGCUGCUACUUCUUCUCUUGCAAUUUCUGGAAUGAUUGUAGAUGAAGUGCAGCAAAGAUUUAAAUUAUAAAUCAUGAAAGAAAUUAGGUAUGCAUUUUUAAUUUCUACUUUCAGCAACAAGAGUGUACUAAUUGCAUUCUUUAUUUUAAUAUGAGAAAUUGUUUGAAAACUUCAUUUUUAGGUACAUCAUUUAGUUAAUCACUGAAUUGUUAAAAUAAUGUAAUAUAGAAAUAAUGACUUUUUAAAAGUUCAUGCUCUUUUACUUUGUGAAUGAAAAGUUAUAUUUGUCCUGAAUCCCAACUUUGUUAGUAAUCUAUCUUUACCAUCCAUGGUCUAGAGAUUGAAUCUUAGAAUUCCUGAGAUCGAUGGCAUAAAAAAAUUGAUCUUUCUCUUAACUUUUUGGUUUUAUAAUAUUUAAGUUUUUUGUUUUUCCUGGAUAAGAAAAUAGAACACUGUAGGUUGUAAAUGACUUAAUUUUGAAGAGUCAUAGAAAAACUCGUAUUACUUAGAGCAACAAUAUUUGUAUUUGGGAAUUUAAAAUUUUGAUUUAAAGAAAAUACAUGAAAUUUCACAUUUUUAAAUAUUAUUAAUAAUAUUUUAUCUUAACUAUAGUAUUUGUAAGAAAUAACUUUGCAAAAGAAACUCAAAGCCUUUUAUUAUUCCCAGUAUUGUUAUAAAUUGACUUGGUGUGGUGUCAUUGUUAUGGGGAAAAGGAUGUCCUAAAGCUAAUUCCAUACAGGCUUUGUAGACUCCACCCCCACUCCAGACCAAAGCCAAAAGACACUGGGAACUCCAAAUCCCAUCACCACCAAAAGGAAGGUUGCUGGAACCUGAGGGUGGGGUUAAACAGCCAGGUUUGGUAUAAAAACCAGACACGUGGGCUUUGGGGGAAUUCCCUUUUUGGCUCUCUGCCAGCUCGUAGCACGAGGCCAGCUCUGAGAGUGCCUUUGGGUUUCCAGGUUGGUGGGUCAGGUAGGACACAUUAAAGACUUUAUUUCCCUAUUUUCUCCCUGAGUUGUACAUUUCCUCAAUUCCCUUUCCCUUGAAAGUAAACCUUUUAUUAACCUUUUGUGUGUGCCUGUAGCGGAAUAUUAAUAAGUCCCUUUUAAGCACACGGGUAAGGACCCACAGCCAGGCAACCCGUUUUAUAUCGGGGCUGCUCUGUAACAGUUUGGCGCCCAAUGUGGUUUCCAAGCUACACCCGUGGUUGACCAGCCCAAAGUAAUUUUCCUUGCGUCAGUCACCAUAAAGCGCACUAGGUCUGCAGGACUCGCAGUGAAAAUCUUUGUUUCACGUCUUGAAAAGUCUGUUUUUUUUUCCCGAGCGUAUGGCUCUUGUGGGUGUGGUUUUGACCCAAAUGUGGCCUCAAACAGCAACAUACUAUGAGUUGUUGCCUACUGUUCCCUCUUCUGUGGUUAAGAAACUAAGAGAACUUAGAACUGAUAAGUAAGAGGUGUCUUAGAAUCCCAACACUGAUAUCUAGAACUCUAUAAUUAAAAAUAAAUAAAUAAAGAAUUACCUCGGGGCCUCCCUGGUUGUGCAAGGGGUUAAGUCUUAGCACUAUGAAGCUAUCUGCAGCCACUGCAGCACAAAUUCUAACCCCGGCCAGUGAGCUACCCACAUGGUGCAGCAGACCUCUCCUGUCUGGCCCGUUGCUCCCCUCAGCACUGUAUUUCAGUCGAUCUGCCUAUUCUGCUCCCCACUCUGUCUCUGGUGAAUCCUCUCACCCCCUGCACCUCUGGCCUGUGUCUCAGUUCUUGUAUGCAUAAAUAGAUGAAUCUUAAAAAAAAAUGAAUUACCUCAAGUCUUGAUUUUCCAGUGAUACCAAGGUUUUCAAAUGUUGGCCCCAAUCACUAAUAAUUCAUUGCCUACUUGCUUUUUCAGGGAUCCUAUAAAUUUUUAUAAGGAUAUUUAUUUGGGGGAAAUACCUAACUUUGAGGCAUUCACUUUUGUAAACCGCAAAAGUGCCUUACAUACCUGUACAUCUCAGGAGUAUUUUAAGUUGGCCCAUGCUAUACUGUAUACUGUAUAUGUGAGUGUGGUAUCUAAUGGAAUGCUUCUUGUAAAUCAGAAAGCUGAAAAAUAGGACUCUAAAUGAAAAACAGGAGCCUACUGAUUGGGAAAAUUUUUUUUUUACAGAACUACAAUUUAUUUUUAGGUUAUACAUUUUCACUCAUUCCCUCACAUGAACUCUCAUUUUUUCUUUUCCCGAUUUCAUUUUUCUCAUUUCUUCUUUUCAUUUUUUCCUUUCCCUAUUUCUCCAAAGCUGUGUGAUGGAUAAAUUUGAAGAAUGCGUGUUUUGGUUUAUAGGAAAAACUUUGUGUUUUCUUCCUUUUCUUUUCACUUCCAGCCACGGUGAUUAUGAGCUACCUCAUCCAUUAAUUUGAAAGGCUGCAUAUCAUCAGCUCAUGUUCAAGACAUAGCACAUCCUAGGUAAAUUUACUAGGUAAUAAUCUGCUUGGGAUGAAUGUAUUGAAACCAUUCACAGAACAAAGAAGCCCUAAUGGCUCUUCAUAAAAACUGAUUCCUCUAAGAAAUGUGAUACAGAGGAUAUUUUUCUGUUCUAGUACAAGGCUAUCAAGAAAUGUAAAAUAAUAUAAUUUUUUAUUUUAUUAACUGUAAGAUUGCAUAUACACUAAGCUGUGAAAGUCUGAAAUUGUAAAAAUAAUUUACAAUUAUUAAAUUAUUAAAGCAAUCCUUAUUCCAUUUGGGUCUGUAUUAUUCUCCUCCACCCCCAAAAUACAAGUGAAAAAAUUAUUGAAAGUGUUUUGAAUGUGUGACCUGUUUGUAAAACAUUUCAUAUUUGUCAGUAGGAUUUUAUUGUGUAAUACUGAUAUAUUUAAGUUUUGUGUAUUUCCGAGAAAACAAAAGUAUAUAUAAAUAUUAAAACUAUUUU